UACGUGGCGUCAAAGAGGUACCCACAAUUCAUUUCCAAGAUGGCGGCGCCCAUGUCGUGAGCAAGGCGUGAACUUGGGGCAUCUUUUUGCCAGACUUUCAGCUUUUUAAAAACAUUUUAGGGCAGUGUCACAUUUCUUUAACAAUCUGUGACACUAUAAGACACCAAAGAUGCCGCGGACACCGUUCUACGAAGAUUAUAUGGGAAUAAGAAGGAUGGCGCUUCGCAUCAAAAAGGAGCGAGAGGCGGCCUUUCAGAAACUCCCCGACAGAGAGAAGGCACGUCUCCGACCCAGGACCCUCCCCGUGCCCGUCCAGGAGGCGGUCAAGAGAGGAGAGAAGCGUCUGUUCGAGGUCCUGAGGGACGAGGCGGACUGGGGGGUCGGGAAGCUGGUGACUCGUGUGCUGUGGCAGACGCGCUACCCCGAACCGUGCUACUGGAGGCUCACAAAGGUGGUUCCCGACGAGUUGGCCGAGGAAAGGGACUUCGGGGAGGCGUGGGGAGUCCGGACGUGGCGCGGGAUAUGCGAGAACGCAGAACGACAAAUCAGCGACGCGAACAAGACCCACGGCUGGUGGAUCGUGCCCCCAGAAAAGGAAGGAGAAUUCUGUACCAUCCCUGAAGAUUCUACGUACGCAGACGAGAAAAAAGCACCGUACGAAGUGCCAGUGCCUCCGCUCCUGAGGGCUAUGAUUCUAGCAGAGCGAGAGAGGAAAGGACAAGACUUGACUGAGCCAAUGAUGCGCUUGAGUAUAAGCAAAAAAGCGAGUAACAGAGCAUCACAGGUGUCCUGGGCUGAGUACCAGCAGUGGCUGAAGGAAAAGAAUGUUUCACCGUAGAUAAAAUCUUCUAAGGAAAGAUUCAAAUGUACAAGUGUGUAUUUUGAUUAUGACAGUAAUAAUUUAGAUGUUAUUAUGAAGUCCCUUCUAUUGUCUAAGUACAGCUAUAAGAGGAUUGUACCGUAUAAUGCUGACGCUGUUAUCAUAAAAGAACUGUGAAAGAUGAGAAACAGUAUCAAUAUUCUGUUAAAUGAAAUACAGGUUGUAUUGCUUUGUCAAGGAUGUUAUAGUAAAAUUUAACCCAUUAAACAUUUAAACACA